AAAAAUAAGUUCUUCAACCCAAAACUCUCCAUUUCAAACUCCUCACCCGCCCCUUUUACAAACUUCAACACGAUGAAGCUUCUUCUUGUUGCCUCUGCCCUCGCUACCGCUAUCUCUGUGCAGGCCCAGUCUGAGUCACUCUCCCAGUGUGUACUGGACUGCAUGACCCAGACUGCCGAGACGGUCGACGUUUGUGACGCCAAUUACAACCAAACCUCCUGUCUUUGUACCGAAGACUUUGCCCAGGAAACCCGCCACUGUUUCUACAAUAACACGUGCUACGCGGACAUCAUCCCAUUCUACAACUUCCGAGAGGCCGAAUGCGGUACUCUUGCCGAUGACAUCGACUACGCCGGCUUCAUCCCCAGUAACGGCAACUCCACUUAUGACUUGGCCAACGGUACAUCAUCCGCUGCAGCGUCAGGGAGUGCAUCAGCCUCAGCUGCUGCCUCUAGCGCGGCCACUUCGAAUGCUGCCACAACUUCCGCUUCUGCUACCGCCAGCUCAGGCGCUGCUGCUUCGUCCAGCGGCGCUGCCCUUGCUGCUAUUGACAUGGUCACCGCCCGUGGCCUUGCAGUCGGUGGAAUGUCCGUCGCCGGUGUCCUCGUCGGUGGUCUCUUGCUCAUCUAGGUGGGAGUCGCUUUUAGAGUGCUAGUUUGGGUCUGGGUGUUGUCUCGGUCGUUUGGAAUUACCCUUAUGGAUAUCCUGACAAAUUUUCUCCUGCCGUCCUGCCUU